UCAGCCACCCGAGAGAUGUGAAAAUACUGGACCAGGGAGACCUAAGUUCAAAAUCGAAGAAGACACCCUACUGCAGUUCAGAAAGCUAGGCUUCACUUGGAAAGAUAUAGCUCGACUCUUACUCGUGUCACGUUGGACUCUAUGGCGACGAGUACGAGAGCUUGGUAUUGAGAAGAAAAUUGGCUUUACUGAUAUCGAAAAUGGGGAGCUUGAUUACAUUAUUCAUUCUUUCAUGACAGCUCAAGGAUGUCUUGUUGGCUACUCGAUGGUUCGAGUACCACCCCUUCAGUGCAGAAUCCAAGAUGGCGGGCAUAUUUAAGGGAGGAGAGGCUAGAGCAAUUUUUGUUGAAUGAAUAUUCGCCAAUGUCCGGGAACUUACGUAAGAAGUCUUGAACGAGUAUUUAGGUCUUGGUCUUGAACAUAAAUCGAAGGUUGAAUUUGGAUACAAGUUGUUGUUGCAUGCCGAAUUAUAUAAUGUGUAUAGAUAAACGAAGGCAGCCUUGAAUAGAAAUAUGUAUCAUUGAAGUUGAAUAGAUAUGAUGUGCUGAACAUAAAUAACGAAGGUAGAAUUUGAACACAAUUUUGUAGUUGAGUGCAAAUAUAAGUGUUGAAUAUGAAUAACGAAGGUUGAAUUUGAACACAAUUUUAUUGUUGAAUGUAAUUAUAUUUUGUUGAAUAUAAAUAUACAUGCUGUUGAAUUUUGCAACAUUUGGCCAACCAUAUCCCUAUGCUCUCUUGAUUAUAUAGAGAGAAUGUAAAGUCAACUGUCKUAACUGUAUUGAAGCUAUUCAUUCUUCAGUCAUGGAGGGGCGUAGAAAGUGCAUCUCGUGCUGUAGUUCAUUUUGGCGCCGUCUUAAGAAAGACUUGUUGCUUCCACUAAUAAUAUUGGGCUCAAUCCUCGGCUUUGUCAUCGGCGUUUUCGUAAGUGGCCCGAUCAACAGCAUCGAGAAUCCCGAGGAAAGGAAAACUGUGCUGAUGUUGAUCGGUUUUCCUGGUGAACUUUUCAUGAAUAUGCUGAAAAUGAUCGUUCUACCUCUGAUUAUUGCAAGUUUAAUCAGUGCCUUGGCGUCGCUGGAUGCAAAAGCAACGGGUAAAAUCGGGCGUCGAGUACUGGUUUUUUAUCUUUCCACGACGGUAUUUGCUGCAAUCGUAGGCCUUAUCCUAGUACUGAGUAUUGGACCUGGUAAAAUGAAGAAAGAUUCCAAGGAUGGCGAUAACGCUGUAAAAUACCGAACAUUGGAUUCAUUCCUGGAUCUUUUUAGGAGUAUCUUCCCUAGCAAUCUUGUCGCUGCCUGUUUUUCCAAGAGUGUCACUCAGUACUCCUCUACUAAUGGAAAAUACAACUCCUACAACGCCACCAAUAAUGUCACGCCUAGCUCUCGUACCACUGUUAAGGUGUUCAAUAACGGCACCCAUAAUAUCACCAUGGUGACGCGCGAGGUAUACCCGCCCAGCCAGACCAUCCCAGAUGGCUUGAAGACCGUUUCUGGUAGCAACGUACUUGGGAUUGCCUUGUUCUGCGUGGUUUUUGGCAUCGUGCUGAGUCGUCUAAGGGAGAAAGCACGGCCACUCAAGGACUUUUUCGUUGCUCUGAAUGAAGCCACAAUGAAAAUCGUGUUUUUGAUCAUGUGGUUCGCCCCUGUUGGUAUAUGCUGUCUAGUGUGUUCGAAGGUUGCCCAGAUUAAUGACAUAUCGGCUACGCUAGAGAUGAUUGGUCUGUUCAUGGUGUCCGUUAUCUCCUCGUUACUUAUUCAUGGMAUUCUCGUUUUGCCGCUGAUGUAUUUCCUCUUAACUAGAAAGAACCCGUAUAAGUUCAUGUUAGGGAUGGCAGACGCCUUGGUGACAGCAUUUGGCAUAAGUUCCAGUGCGGCAACCCUGCCAACGACUAUUCGCUGCGCUAUGGAAAACAACCAAAUUGAUGAAAGAAUUGCCAAGUUUGUGCUACCMCUUGGCGCAACAGUCAAUAUGGAUGGUGGAGCCAUAUUUGAAGCAAACGUUGGCAUAUUUGUCGCCCAACUCAACGGUGUACCCAUCACGCCUGCCUUCAUUUUCAUAAACAUUGCCAUGGCAACAGCUCUUUCCGUGGGAUCCGCAGGAAUCCCAUCAGCUGGGUUUAUCUUUCCUGUCAUCCUGCUGCAGUCGCUUGGGCUUCCUGUGGAAGAUCUGGCGCUUAUUUUACCAGUGGAAUGGCUUCUUGAUCGCUUUCGUACAACGGUCAACGUAUGGGGAGACGCUGUUGGUGCUGGAGUUGUCAAUCACAUGUCACGUGACGACCUAUUGGCCUUUGAUGCGGAAAAAGUCGAAAAUGGCGAAGCUGGAGGAACUGAAUUGGACAAGCUGGAUCAAAACAACCGCCUUAAAGAGUUUUCUUGCGAAAACACCCUUUUGCAGUAUGACAGCAUUUUAUUACCUACGCCUCAAUAAUAUAAAAUGAAAGAUUUGGAGUCUUUUGUAUAAAUAAUGCGUGUAAUUUAUAAAUAAGCAAGUCCGUUGAUUACCUCUUAACUGGAGCGCCCUUCCGAGGCGCGAGAUGCCUCUUCUAUCCGCAUUGCUAAUAUUUAUUUACAUGCAACGUAARCUCGUUCAAUCUUCUCCUUCUUCUUUCUCAGCUCAGUCCCAGCUGCAGCUUCGUGUCAUAGCCUCCAGCAGGUAUUCGUAGAAUGAUCCUGUUUGUUAUUCAGCGCGUUUCACUUUUUACACUCAGUUGCAAAAUCAUUGUCRGGUUGGAAACAUAGAACAUAGAAGCCGAAACCGAAUUGUAUUCUGGGAAAUGACAUAAGGAACCGGCUGUWUCACAUAGCUUCGUGAAAUAAAGUGUAUAUGUCACGAAAACAUUUCAUAAUUUAAAAUGUAUAGUCUGUUAGUAGUGAUAAAUAUAUAUGAAUGAAAUUUGUUUAAAAAGCUUAUUUCUUGAGAUAUGUGAGAAAAUUAACCCCAAUGACGUCAUUUUGUUGGCACGUACUCUAGAUUGGGUAGUAAUGCACUAAAUAUAAAUUGUAGUUCCUAUAAAAUAACAAUGAAAGGCAUAUUGUGUUCAGCUUCAUUUGAUAGCUUACGUGUACUACUCUUCCAAAGUUGGGAAACUGAAAAGUGUACUACCUGAAAUUAAACCUACGUUCAAACAUG